AUGGCCUUCCCUGAGUCAACUGCUUUUCCUCCUGCCCUAAUCUGGGGAUUUGUUUUGUUCCUAGCUUUAAAGGAACCCAUCCAAUCUGAUACCAUCAUCAUAGCCAUGCUUGGGGGAGAGGCAAAUUUCCAUUGCAACUUCUCGCUCUCAAUGGAUAUUUUGCAGGUCACCUGGCAGCAGAGAAAUGGAACUUCCUUCCAGCUACAUGGGCUGAGGCUGAUAGGGUCAUUUCAGAAGAAGGUGCUUUUCACUAGAGGUUCAAAGGCCUCAGCUGUCACCCUCCAAAAUCUCACACUGGAGGCUGACCCUUAUUACAGAUGCGUUUUCAAUGUGUUCUGUCAUGGCUUCUUCAGCACAGAGACAUACCUCAACAUCCAAAUCUCGAUAUAUUGUGUCAUGAGACUAAAUAACAGCAAAAGGAACAGGCAGAAGACACAGUGUACCCAGAACUCCUGCAAAGGAGACAGGCUUUUACAGCAAGACCUAGGUGAGAGAGCCUCUGUGAGCCUGCACACACCAGAAGAUCACUUAUCAACUUAUCAAAAUGAGGCUGAAGAGAAACCUGGGAUUAAGAAAAGUUGGAGGCACCUGUUUUCAGAGGAAGGAGAGAACCUGAACAGCAGCUUCCGAAGUGAGUUGAAGAAUGGACCUGCUGGGUUAUCCAUCAAGGAGCAUGAAGGAGGACGGAGAGGCAACAGCAGGUGA